AUGGCUUCUGCAACAUCAUUCUUCGAGUUUACACCAAAGGAUAAAGGAGAUCAGGAAUAUCCUCUAUCUCAACACAAAGGGAAGGUCGUGUUGGCUGUUAACACUGCCUCGAAAUGUGGCUUUACGCCACAGUUUGCCGGACUUGAGAAGCUGUGGAAGGAAGUGUCGUCCAAGCACCCUGACGAUUUUGUCAUCAUUGGUUUUCCCUGCAACCAAUUCGGGGGUCAGGAUCCUGGCUCCAAUGACCAAAUCCAACAGUUUUGUCAGUUGAACUACGGUGUCACAUUCCCUGUGCUUGGCAAGACAAAUGUGAAUGGCAAAGAAGCCGAGCCUGUUUUCGAGUGGAUGAAGUCCGAGAAGCCAGGACUGCUGGGCUUGAAGCGCAUCAAGUGGAACUUCGAGAAAUUCCUCAUCGAUCGCGAUGGCAAGGUUGUGCAACGCUACGCCAGCACCACCAAACCAGAGAGCCUCGAGAAAGAGAUCCUCAGCCUGAUUGAGAAAAAGUCAGGUUAG